GAAGUCUAAGUAUAUGACGUCAACCCCUACUCCUGUGUCCAGGCGUUUUGUAACCUGGUCAUAAAAAGAGACUAGAUUAGUCAGGCAUGAUCUACCUGCUACGAACCCGUGCUGGUUUCCCCUCCGUAUAAUUUUUCCUGCCGGGCUCUCGCAAUUGUGAGCCUUGAUAAUUUUUUCAAAGACUUUGCCAAGGAUGGAGGUGAGACUGACUGGCCUAUAGUUGCCUGGGUCCUCCUUCCUCCCCUUCUUGAAAAUGGGGACCACACUGGCCCUUUUCCAGUCCUCCAGGACCUGGCCUGUGUGCCACAAGUGUUCAAAUAUUCCUGCCAGUGGCUGUGCAAUGACGUCAGCCAGUGCCUUCAGUACCUUCGGAUGGAGCUCAUCCGGGCUUGCCGACUUGAAUGCAUCCAGUUCCUCUAAGUGACUCUGCACCAUCUCAGGGUCUACGCAUGGUAGUCUGGCACCUUGCUGCUGCUUCUCUACAACCCCAGUGAGAGACUUGUCGUGCCCCUCACUUAGGAACACUGAGGCAAAGAACUCGUUGAGGAGUUCAGCCUUGCCCCCCCUGUCCAUCACCAAUUGCUUCUGCCCAUUUAGUAGGGGUCCUAUUCCUAUAAUGUUUUCUUUACUUGGCUUAGGGAGCUAUAUUCCUAUCCCUCCAUGAAGGAGGCUGGACUUAACUAGUUUUCUGAGAUGCGCUCUCAUGAAAACUGGCUGAUUUGUUGAUCAGUGUACCUCCUGCAUUUACAGCAGACCCCACAAGGGUGCCAUGUACCCUCAUCAAACGAGUUGUUUUUACGAGCACCCAUUGUCCCGUGUUUAGAAUUCAGUCCUGCCCGCUGUCUGUCUGCCAAAUUAUAUUCUGCUGAUCAAGGAAUUUAGGUGUUAUAGCGGGGGAGAGUUAGCUCUAUGCAUUGCUGUGAUUGACAGUCCAGCUGCAUCUACAGAACAAAACCAGUUUGUCUCGCAUGUCUGAACAACCCAAAGGCCGAACUAAUGGAACAAACAGGUGUGAGGAGAGGGAUGGGAAGGGGAGGGGUUGCCUCCCUUGGCCAAUAGCUCCCUGGCUGCUGGAUAAAAGAAAAUCAGGUCAGUGUGAAUUGUCACAUUCCUCAGAAAAGUGAGGGACAGUGAGGAGUUGUCAGAGGGCCUUCUUCGGUGUGGGAAGGUGCUAGAGAUUAACCCCAGAGUUCCUGGGAGCUUGCUUAAAAGUGGAAUCCAAGUCAGAUGACAUGUAACCAGAUCCCUGCAAGCUUGCUGGCAUGCACCGGGAAAACCUCAGCUCUGCUGCCUUGUGAUUUCUAUUGUAGAACCAAGAGGAAAUGAGAAGCAAAGGAACAAGAGUGUGGACAGAGUCACCGCUUCCCAGGUUGAGUCCCCUCUCCUAUAAUUCCUCAUCUCUUCAAGAAGAUGAAGAGCUAGAUAUGGAGGCUGUCAACUGGCAGCUGAACAGCACUCCUGUGAAUGGGCAUUCUGUGACCCCAACCAAAGCUCGUUUCCCCAGCUGGGUGACUUUUGAUGACAAUGAAGUCAGCUGUGCUUCACCACCGAGCCUUUCUCCCUUGAAACCGGAUUCCCCACCAGCAGUAACACAGGCUCCAGAUGUGAACUUUAACGUCACUGCAUCCUUUAAGAAGAGAGAGAGGCCUAAAAGCACGUUGGCAGACCUCUCUAAAAUUCAAAAGCUAGAUCUUUCUUCCAUAAGCAGGCUGCCUUCUGUUGGUGGAACACCACCCUGGAGUGCUACUAACCCCUUCCUGGAUGAAUCUCUGCGGGAUGUCCAACCGUCACCUAUCAACCCAUUCAGCUCAUUUUUUGAGGAACGAGACAGGCGUUCCCACAGCUCCUCUCUCCCUGCUGUUCUUGGCAAAGGCCAAAGAGACUCCUUUAUUAUCCUUCACCAAGAACCUGACACCAUCAGCUUCAAUGAGUUGAGCAAAAGCAUAACCCACACAGAAGCUGUUGAGCAGCUAAAGCAGCUCCAAAUUGGGGAUCCAGAUCACCUGAGCAGCCCCACUCUACCUGACGAUGACCCCAUGCUGCCAAGUGAACUGGAUGACAUCUCUUUGAACUUAGCUCCAUCUCAGCCCAAAGAUGGCUGGCCAAUGAUGCUUAGGAUACCAGAGAAAAAGAACAUCAUGUCAUCUCGACAUUGGGGGCCAAUCUUUGUCAAGCUGACUGAGAGUGGUUACCUACAACUUUUUUAUGAGAAGGGACUGGAGAAGCCAUUUCGGGAAUUCAAACUUGAGAUCAAUCAUGAACUUUCAGAGCGCAAGCUCCAGAACUAUGAUGAGAAUGGAAGGAUACACAGCGUGCGGAUAGACCGUACCACCUACAAGGAAAAAAAGAAGUAUCAACCUAAGCCAUCCAUCACCCAUGUGGCAGAAAGGGAGCAAGUGAUAAAGUUAGGCACUACUAAUUAUGUAGAUUUCCUUAGCUUUAUCUCAGCUGUUCAGGACACAUUGAUGAACCUGCCAGCCUCAUCGACGGAUCUGAGCAUGGUGGGAUUGAACUACCAAGAGGAAGAAAUCACUGUCGAUGUCAAGGAUGAGUUUCAUGGCAUCUUGGCCAAAGGAGACAAUAGGAUUCUCCAGCACAGUGUGCUAACACAUAUAUAUGUCCUCAGCUUUCUUUCUGGCUUGGCAGAAUGCAGGCUGGGCCUUAAUGACAUCUUUAUUAAAGGGAAUGAAAUAGUUGCACGGCAGGAUAUCAUGCCCACCACUACCAGUAAGUGGAUUAAAUUGUACAACUGCCAGUUCCAUUCAUCUGUGGAUGAGGAAAUGUUUAACAGUUCCCGUGCUAUUCUGUUUAAUCCUUUGGAUGCUUGCCGCUUUGAGUUAAUGCGGUUCAGGACAGUAUUUGCUGAGAAGACUUUGCCUUUCACUCUGAGAACGGCAACUAGCAUCAAUGGUGCCGAAGUAGAGGUCCAGAGCUGGCUGAUGAUGUCCACUGGGUUUUCUUCCAACCGUGACCCUCUAACUCAGGUUCCCUGUGAAAAUGUGAUGAUCCGCUACCCAGUGCCAAAUGAGUGGGUAAAAAAUUUCCGCAGAGAAAGUGUCCUGGGGGAGAAAUCUUUGAAAGCCAAGGUGAACAAGGGUGCCAGUUUUGGAUCAACCAGUGUGUCUGGUUCUGAGCCAGUAAUGAGAGUAACUUUGGGAACUGCCAAAUAUGAGCAUGCAUUUAAUUCCAUUGUAUGGAGGAUAAACCGACUGCCUGACAAAAACUCAGCUUCUGGCCAUCCCCACAGCUUUUUCUGCCAUCUAGAGCUUGGUUCUGACCGGGAAGUGCCUUCCAGUUUUGUCCACUAUGUGGACGUGGAGUUUGACAUGCCCACCACUUCAGCAUCCAAAGCUGCCAUUCGGUCCAUCUCUGUAGAAGACAAGACCGACGUGAGGAAAUGGGUGAACUAUUCAGCACACUACAGUUAUAAGGUGGAAAUUGAACAAAAAAAAAGCUUGGAUACAAAUCUAAAGGGAGAAGAAACUGAAAACUCCAGUGAAUGUGCCAUUCAGUGAAGGGAAGACUCACCUGUGACAUUCAUAAGAAGAGUAGUAGUAUCAACCCAGCUGAAGAGAACUACAGCACCUUGUUCCUGCUGCAAGUACAAGGCAGUACUUUUAAAAUAGUUCUCUUCUGCGUGACAUUAUUUUGAGUUUUCUGCUCACUACAAGUCGUAUUCUGAGAGGAAACUCCCUGAUGGUUUGUUUAGAACAGCCAAGGGUCUUCAGUGGAAUAUUUUACAUACCUUUGGUGUAUGGAUAAAAAAGAUUUACAAUACAUUCAAGCCUGCCGCCUUCUCUGCCUUGUCACCAUUUAGCUUUCUGCACUGAAGUAUGGUGUGCUAACAACCACAGCCAAGAUAGAAAGCAACUGUGUCCUCGCUUACAAGUCUUUUCCUCCAAGUUGAAUGUCUUCUUGUAAGCUGUUGGUCUGGUUAUCAGUAAAGCUCUCUCUUUUUAUCUGCAGAAUACACAUGAGGAGCAACAAAGAGAAAGAGAUACGGUCAUUAUUUUUUAAAGUAAUCAACAGAGGGAAGUUAGAGAACCCUGAACUUCAGUCUAGAGAAUCAACAGUCCCUCCAUCUAAAACAAAAGGGAAGGCCAAGCACAUGAACAACUGGUUAUCAUCUUUCCACUCACCUUAACCAAUCCACUAACCAGAACAUUAAGGUGGAUUUUCCUAUGGUCCUAACUAGUCAUAAGAAAGACCCCUCUGCUCUCUACGGUUUUCACUUGCUGGUCAGGGUACUUUCUUUAUCUUGACUUAAUGUGAUUAUAGCUGCUAUUACCAGAGAUUGUGCAGAGCAACAGGGAUGAUAUAGAAGGGGCAUUACUACAAGUAGAUCAUUCCUGCCUGGAAAGAUAUUUGAGGGAAAUAGAUUUUAUUUUGAUAUUUUCUUUGAUGUUUAAGGGGACUAGCUGCUUUUUCAUGCCCAGAACGAAUCUUGCUUUAACAUGAAGGAUUUUGUGUUCCUGAUACUCUUUGGAAAGCAUAAUGAAGAGUAAAUGUUGCAUUUUCCUGUUCUUGAAGUACACUUCUGCUUUCAUGUUCCAUCUGAAGUCUACAACACAACAAAUCCAUAAGCUACAGACAAAAGAUGCUGUUAACUUUAUAAAUUACACAAACAAACAGGUCCUAAAACUUUAGUUCUUCAACUUUAAAAACACAUUCCUCUGCCACACUGAACUAAAGAUCAACUUUUUACUGAAAGUAGUGGCAAGCUCCUCUUGUCUCCCUACACCAGGCUGUAAAAAACAAAAUCACUCACUCAGUCACAUCUAUCAUUGAGUCAUAAGAUGUUCAUAAUACCUAAUUUUCACAACCGUGGGCAUGAUUUAUUUAGUCUCUUUUUCAAAAAUUAAAUAACUAAAUAAUAACCAUAACUUAUUCAACCAUUUAGCUUUUUUUAAAGGACCCUGUUAACUUGCAAAUCACACAUUACAAAUACUUAUCAGUGUGACUGACACGCUAUUUUAAUUAAAUUUAGAGACUUUUAAACUUUUAAAUUUAUUUUCUGGUAUUUGCAUUUCACUCAAGACUGUAUUAAGAAUUAACUUUCGCUUUUGAUCCCUGGUUAUUUUUAUUCUGAGUCUCGUGAACAGUGUAGCAAUGUUUAGGUUCCAAAUAAAACAUGGGAUUAUUUACAUUCAGACAAAAACUGUUUUUAUUAGAAUUUAAAAAAAAAUGUGGGAGCCUUUCAGAUGCUCUUUUUAUAUCCUUCUAAAUGUUAGGUCUAGAUUGUUUUGAUGCUAUCUGUUUUAAAUUCAAAAUUAAGGAAGAAAGGUGCUUUUUUUUUUCUCUUUAUGCAGCUCUAAAUGUAGCAUCUAUGGCAAAAAUACAUUGCUAAAAUGGACUAAGGGUCACAGUGCCAUGAAGACCUGUACCUGGGCUUGGCAUAGUCCAGGGGUUCCCAAACUGUGAUACACUUACCCCUGGGAGUAUGCAAGACAUCUCUGGGGGGUACACGGAAGAAAUUGUCUAAUGAGGGAUUUAAUUUUUAUUGUAAUAAUUGGCAUUUAAGGGGCUAAAAUAUAAAACGUAGGCUGGUAGGCGUAUGUGGGCAGCUGGUAAAUCUGGAAGGGGGUACACAAUAAGAAAAAGUUUGGGAAACUCUGGAAUCUUCUAUUACAAGUGGUCCUACUGAAACCAAAACAGCUCUCCUCCAUUUCAUUUGGUAUCAAGUAUUUUCACGGUCUGUCUAUAAUCAGGAACACUAAUACCUCCUGUAAAGCAGUUUGAGAUCUGUGGCUGAAAAGCAUUGCUGAAGUGCUAAAUCUGAUUAUUAUGUAUGAACUAGGGUUGCAUAAAGUUAGAGGCGAGUCUGAAACUUCCAAACAUCUUUUAUGUCCAAGAGGUGGUAGAUUUGAAAGCUGAGGCCAGAUGUGAAUGUCAUAAUUGACUCUAUGCUUCACAGCCAGAUGGCUCUUAGCUUGGAUUUUUAUGGCUUAGGCCCCUCCUCUAAGCAACAUGAAAUUUGACUUCUCAAAGCUAACAUUUUUCUGUGCUUCAGAUAUACCCAGCUGGCUUUUCCCCCUUAUUUCCUGUAUUCUCUGCUGCCCCCAGAUCACUGGUUUCUGAGAAGGAGCAGAAGGAGAAGUAACAGGCAGAAGUGAAUGUGCUCUCAGGGUAUUUCUGAAGAAGUGUCAGAGAGCUCUUGUGAAAGAGCCUGGUCUUACAAAAUUUCUAGCCCAGAUUUGCAGACCUCAGAGUUCUGCCUAGCUCAUACAGGUGAAAAGCAACCUGUUCAAAUUUGCUGAUGAUACCAAAAUUUGGGGUGAGGUGGGCACGUUAACAAGGAGGGAAAGACUGCAGAAAGACCUGGAUAGGUUGCAGGCGUAGGCUAACAAAAACAGGAUGCGUUUCAAUACUGACAAGUGCAGGGUGCUGUACUUGGGCAGUAGUAACUGGCAGCACACUUAUAAGAUGGGAAACUCCCUUCUUGAGAGCACGGAGGCAGAAAGGGAUCUUGGAGUCAUCAUAGACUCCAAGAUGAACAUGGGCCGACAAUGCGAGGUCACGGUCAGCAGGGCUAACCGGACCUUAUUGUGCAUCCACAGGGGCAUCUCAAGUAGGGCCAAGAAGGUGAUCCUCCCCCUCUACGCGACACUGGUCAGGCCACAGCUGGAGUACUGUGUCCAGUUCUGGGCACCCCACUUCAAGAGGGAUGUGGACAACAUUGAGAGGGUCCAGAGCAGGGCCACUCACUUGAUCUGGGGACAGCAGGGCAGACCCUACAAUGAGAGGCUACGGGACCUGAACCUGUUCAGCCUUCACAAGAGAAGGCUGAGGGGGGACCUGGUGACCGUCUAUAAACUCACUAGGGGGGACCAGAAGGGUUUGGGGGAGACCUUGUUUCCCCUAGCGCCCCCCCGGGAUAACAAGGAAUAACGACCACAAGUUGUUGGAGAGUAGGUUUAGAUUAGACAUCCGUAGGAACUACUUCACAGUCAGGGUGGCUAGGAUCUGGAACCGAUUUCCAAGUGAAGUGGCGCUGGCUCCUACCCUGGGGGUCUUUAAAAAGCGGUUUGAUGCCUACCUGGCUGGGGUCACUUGAGCCCAGUUUUCCUCCUGCCCAGGCAGGGGGUUGGACCUGAAGAUCUACAAGGUCCCUUCUGACCCUACUUCUAUGAUUCUAUGAUACUGAUGCUGAACUUUGGCACGCUUUGUCCUAUCCUAGUGACAGAUAAAUAUAAGAUAUGAUUAAGCAACCAGAUUUGACAGUCCUGAAAAGGAGAGGAAAUUCAAAAGGAAUAUAGUUUCUUGUCUGUUUUAAGCAAUUUACUAUGUACAGCAAUCCAACCCAGGACAAUUUAUCCCCAACAAAUUGGGAGAUGCAGACACUGGAGUUUUUUGUUUCUGUUUCAUUUCUCUGCUUCAUUUUCUCUCUCUCUCUCUCUCUCUUUCUCUGUCAUUUAAUUCAAAGUAAAUUAAGGAAGUCGGAAGCCUAAUGGAGUUAAAAGAGUGAAAUCAUAAUUGGGUCCUGUAGUUGGGGAAAAAUAAUUUAAUUCCUUUUUGAUCCUCAGAGAGCAUCUCUUUUAUAUUUUUCUGAGUUGAUGCAGUCAGAUUUGCUAGAAUUCAGCACCAAUAAUCAUGCCAGAGCAAAAGAACAUAUCUCACUUUGAUCCCAGAAUAUGUAACUAGACUUUCAAAACAACUUUGGGUACUGGACUCUUCUGAAAAGCUAGUCCUAAAGAUCACAAGCAGGGCUGCUGGAUGCUAAAACCUUUUGUCAAUCUAGUCCCAAAUACUAGUGCUGAGCACUUGAAAACCUGGGUCCCAGUGCCUUUAGAGAGCUCCAGUUUCCUUGCAUGAUUGGCCACAUUGCCAGUCAGUCAGUAUUUCUCAUUCCUUUUGCCAACAUGCAGUUCUGCAUGGACUGUAUUCUCCAUCUACUGGUGCUGAGCACUUGCAUCUACCAAGCAUGCAAUGGUAAUUUUGAUAACAUUGAUUGGAUGGUAAAGGCAGGCAAGAGUUUCCUCACACCCAAGAACAGCAGAAAGUGCUUAGGCGCAGCAUCUUCAUAUCAUGGGAAUAAUUGGGCCGUCUCUAGGAAAAUGUACCUUUAAAAGUGUUCCAUUUAACAUGCCCUUUCUGUGUGAUAUGGUCUGUACCCUUUGGCAAAAAUAUGCCUGCAAAGCAAUUAUACAGUUAUAUAAUUAAGCUAUUCCCAGUCUGACUCUCCUUCCCUCCCUAUUCCUUUUCCUUGUUCAGUUCCAUUUUUGUAGACUAGUAAGACUCAGACUGCAAUAGGAAUAUCUUGGAGGGAAGAUCCACAUGUUUAGAAAAACAGAAAUUGGAUCAGAGUGAUGGAAAUUAAGGUCUCCAUAUAACUCCUCUUAGUGAUGCUCUCUGUACUGAAUAACUCUGUCCUUUGUUAUUACAAUAGCCAUAGGCUGCGGAACAGGGUGGGCCACCUGGGCCAUGGCCCGACCAACUUUUAGCAUGUUAAUUUAGCUAGCAGUGCAGUUAAAAAAAAAAUAGCUAUACAGUUUUAACCAGAAUGACAAUUGCGUAUUUGUGGGUUAUAUAAAUUAAUGUGCUAAAAAUUGGUCGGGCCACGGCCCGGGUGGCUCACCCCAUUCUGUGACCUAUGACAAUAGCUGAAAGGUAAAUUAAUCUGAAAAAUGCUCUAACAGAUAGAUAAUACCCGCUGUGUUUUAAAGUUCUUAUAUUCAGGAUAAAACUAAUCAAUCCUCAUUAAGGACUGGGGAAAUUAAAGUCUUAUCACCAUUUACAGUCAUAUAAGCAGAGCAGAGGUGUCAUGACAUGCCAUAUAUUAUGACAAUGAGCUGGCUGGAACAUUUACUUGCAGUCUAAGACCUAAAAGAUCUAUACAUCCACUUGACUUGCUAGCUGCUGACUGCCUCCUGAUCACCUCACUACCUAGUUAAUGGAUCAAUUUAAUUAAAAAUGGUCUUGAAGUUGAGAGGAGAAAGAGUCUGAGAACUAAUAUCCAGUUCUGAGGCCCAAUUAUUUUGCCAGUUGAUUACAUGAAAUGCCCAUUCACUUCACUGGCCUUCCAGACACAAAACAAUCAGGCCCCUGAUCUGUUACCUUAGUCCUAGGGGUUGGCAAAUUCCAAACCUGUGCCAGAUGAAGGGACUUAAUCUAUUUGGGAGAUUAAUGGAAGCCACUGGUUAUGAAGAAAUGCAUCCCAUCUUCUGUUACUUAGCUUAAAGUUCCCUUCUGACCCCUGAAGCUGUCUGGGAUAACAGGACUUAAGUGUUCCUAACCUUUUUUGCCUCAUCCACCCAUACAAUUCACUCUUUGCACUACUGUGAGUGACUGAGUUGAUUAUUUUGUAAUGUAUUCCUACAUUUUCCCUUUUUUUUUGUAAAAUAAGAAAGUCUACACACUGGCUAACUGUAGAGGUGCUUUCAUUUUGUUAUGUUCUUUUUAUAUUAGCAGUUCUGGAGUGGGAUGUCAUUUUUGUUUGAACUGUGGGAAAACUGUUAAAUAAAUGUAAAGGCAAGAGAAA